AUGGGCCACCAGCAGCUUGACUGGAGCCAUCCCAGGAAGUUCAGGCAGGAGUCAGUCCGCAUCUGCUCCAACUGCCACAGCCUGAUCCACAAGCACGGCCUCAACAUGUGCCACCAGUGCUUCCGCCAGUAUGCCAAGGACAUCGGCUUUAUCAAGCUCAACUGACCCACC